AUGAAGGCGUCGACGUGGUUCAGCGCCGUUGCCCUUUUGACUGUUGUGGGAGGUGCGAGCUUAGCAGAAGUCCCAACGCAGAACAGGACUACGGCGACUUCGAUCUACGACCAGUUCCCCGGCUGUGCGCACCCGUGCGCGGAACAGUCUAUCCAGGACAUGGGCUGCUCAGACGACGACCAAGGCUGCAUCUGCCAGGCGGUACUCUCUCAGGAGAUGGCGGAAUGCCUGAAGAAAUCAUGCUCGUUUAAAAAUGGAUUGAUAACGAAGAACCAGACGGUUAGAGCUUGCGAUGUACCCCUGCGUGAAAGGCCGUCAGCGUUAUUAAGCACUGCGUCCAUCGUUCUCGGAUCGGUGUCUCUGACAUGUAUUGGCUUGAGGUUGAUGGCCCGUCCGCCAGCGCGGAAGAAGUGGACGGAGAUGGCUGAUGACUGGGUCAUGGUCUUAAACGGAGUCGUCGUCGGGGGAUUCACUGUUAUUGGAGUGCUUCUUCACGAGGAAGGAUUCGGCAAGGACUUGCACACCCUCAAGCUCCGAGAAAUUACUGUUUCCCAAAAGCUUCUAUACGCACACGAAGUCACAUACUCGGUCUCGAUCAUGCUGACGCGGAUAUCGAUCCUGUUGUUCUACCUCCGGGUAUUCCCCUUCACCGUCGUCCCGGUCCUCAAACGCGUCAUAUACGCCGCCCUGGCAGCAUCCCUCGCGACCGGGAUAGCGAUCAUAAUGGCAUUGGCCCUCCAAUGCCUGCCGAUUUCGUACAACUGGGAUUGGUGGGAGGAAGGGUCUCACGGGCACUGCCUCGAGCUCAAGGCGGUCGGCUACAGCAGCGGAGCCAUCGGCAUUGUCCUGGACAUCUGGAUCAUGCUCAUCCCCCUGCCCGAGAUAAGGAAGCUACGGCUACCGCUGAAACAGAAGCUCGGCGUCAUUCUCGUGUUCAUCGCCUGGGGAGGCGUAAUGGCCGUCAGCAUUCCCCGGAUGGUUUGGAUGAAGCAAUUCUACGAAUCGAAGAACCCGACCUGUAAGCAAGCAGCCAGCCUCCGUGAUCCAUCCACCCAUGCGAGCUAACACUUGAUUUUCCAACAGGGCACGUCUUCUACGCCACCUUCUGGUCCGCCUGCGAGGUAUACGCCAGCGUGAUCUGCGCCUGCCUCCCGAGGAUAUACAUGCUGUUCACCAUGUGGUACCGCAAGCGGUUCCCGGCCGACCCGGACCGGACGGUCCACCGCAUCCCCGAGCUGGCCCAUAUCAGCACACGCCGUCGAUCGAGCGUCGAGCCGCCCCUGACGGUGACGGAGACGGAGAAGGCUUCCGGGGAGAUUAAUCCGGUU